CCAUCAUGCGUUCACAAAUCGCCAUGUCACGCGGCCGCCAACUGCAUGUGUUCCGUCAUCUUUGGGGAAUCGAACCUGUGGCAUAUUUGGCCACAAACUUGAAGCUGGUCUCGCAGCUAAAGGCACUAGGCUACAAGGGCGUGGAAGCCAGCCUGAGCGCCAUCAAAGCACACGGUGGGAAUGCAUUCCUUGACGAACUCCAGUCUCAUGACAUGGACCUCAUUGUGGGGGUGUAUUCUGGAUGGACCGAUUACGAGCCGGGUGCGUGGCAGCAGAAGAGCAUCACAGACCACUUGAAUCAACUCGAAGACGAAGUGAACCAGGCCCGUGCACUUUCGUUACGACCCGUCAUGCUCAAUGCCCACGCGGGAUGCGAUCAUUGGAGCGACCGCGACUGCACCGAGUUCUUCACCGCUGCUCUGCAGCGUAUUCCGCACGACGGUGAUGUUCCCAUCGCUCACGAGACCCACCGCGGUCGAGCUUUGUGGAAUCCGUGGAGAACUUUGCAACUUCUCGAGCAGUUUCCAUCGUUGAAGCUGACGUUGGACUUUUCUCAUUGGGUCGUUGUGGCAGAGCGACUGCUCGACUCAGCAUGGGACGAUCAAUGGAUCGAUCGCAUCAUACCGCACGUGCUUCACAUUCACGGCCGCGUCGGAUCGGACGAAUCGCCCCAGGUCGUCGACCCUCAUGAUCCUCACGUCAAGCCAUUCGUGGACCGGUUUGACCGCAUCUGGUCCCAGGUGUGGCAGGCCCAGGCCAGAGGCAGCAGCAACGGAACAUCGACCUUUACGUCUGAAUAUGGGCCGUCCCCAUACACUCCAAUGGCUCCGUUCACCGGUGAGCCGUUAAGUGAUGUGUGGGCAUUGGCCAACUCCGAGACACGCCGUCAACAAGAGCGGUUCGCCAACGAACCCUUUCACAACACGUAAGUCGAUUCUGGUCGCACAGCCUCAGUGCCGGCAAUGGUGUCGAGAGCGGCGGCCUUAGUAUACCCCACCAUACGACCGACCCGUUGCAUGCCACCUCUUUGUUGGAUUCAUCUGGGGCACUCAUGGUUUAUCCACGUUAACUGGAGCAUCGACCAAUUCGUUUUGCACAGCUAAAUUUCCGUCUGCAC